UAUUUCCUACUCACCAAGCAGAGGUUGGCGGGGGAAAAUCGUGACCUUUUCCUUAACGUUAUAUGCCGUAUGGUGGGGCGGGGGAUGGUCAAAAAAAUAUGGCAUGGCCAUAUAAGGAAAGGUCACGAUUUUCCCCACCAACCUCUGCUUGGAGAGUACCUAUCUACUGACGCAGGUCACCAUGAUCACUAAGAAACUAGACAGAGCACUGCUGGACUUUAACCUUUGGUAAGGGUAAAUGAUCUAUCCCGUGUGAUCGAAGCGCAUUGUUAGUAGGGUCUUCUUGUCACCAUGCCUGUACCUCCUCGGAUCCGAGACGAGUUCCGUCUGUAUCGGGUCUUCCCUCGUCAUCAUGAUACAGUCCGCUUCUACACAACUCCGUGGUUGACGAAUCAGGUGCCAUUCUUGGUGUACCGGCUCCUGCUGUGUGUUUACAACGUGUCCGUUCUGGUGGUGUACGUUAAGGGUGGCGAAUGGGCAUGGAAUCCAAAAGUUCUGAUAACGCUGACCUACCAGACCUACAUUCUGUGGACGGUUUACUCAUUCUGGAGCGCGGUUGUUUGCUUUGUUUUGUACUUUGGCUCCACUUACCACCACUUACGUGGUCAGAUAGAAUCCUGUAGUCUGAUAUCUCCGGAUAGCUUCAGCCAAGAAGUUCAGGACUCACCUGACAACAAAAACACCUCAAGGGCAGACGCCCCAAGUCCUGCUUCGGAAUCAUGUGAUGCAGCGACACCUGACGAACACACUGUGAACGACAAUGACUCAAGAUUCGGAACGACACUAGACGCCACUGCACUGUUGCAGGGGUAUCUGCGGGACGACAGCAGACAUACAACGGCCGAUACCGGUACCGUGACCUCCCUACCUGACCGGUACCCCCGCCUUCCGUGGUACCUAGGCUGUCAGUGGGUACUCUACACCGCGCCUGCAGUCAGUGCCCUUCCGAUAACUGUCGUGUUUUGGUCGCUCAUGAGGCCUGCGGGUCAGUCUGUAGUGAUAGAAAACGUUCUCAUCCACGCCAUGAACUCUGUCACUGCUUUCCUGGAACUGUUUAUCACUGGACUUCCCGUAAGUCUUCUCCAUGUGGUAUAUCCUAUUUUGUAUCUGCUGUGGUAUAUUGUAUUUAGUUUGAUAUAUGUAGAAGCCGGAGGCACAGACCUAUGGGGGAACCACUACAUAUACAAGGUAUUUGACUUCGAAGGAAACCCUUCACUGACCGCUGGACUCGUCGUUGCAGUGGUUGGUUUGCUUUUGGUAUCUCACGUAAUCGUCUUCUUUCUGUCUCUUUUGAGAGACAAAAUACUGGUAUGUGUAUCAAGAAGGUAAAAGACUGAUUCAUUGAUUGAAAAUUUCAUUGGCAGCCAAGAGGCUGAUCAUAAAUUCUGAGGUCCACAAUACAAACAAUUCUCAUUAUACAAAAAGGAUCAAAUACGACAAUCUAAUAUAUAUAUUUGUCCAAAUGACAAUAAACUAUGAUCAAUACUUGGUAAAAAGUUGAAAACAUUAUAUACUGUUGUUCAAGAUUUUAACAAUAUGAUAUUGGACUUUUGGCGUACCGUCUGUCCAGUCUGAACGGAUGAAACGUAUAACCGUUACAUUUAAAGUGACCACAUCUUCCACGGGUAGGUUAAAUUGUCGAAGUCGGCAGCUGAAAAGGUCACAGUCUUUGACUUCCUUUUUUUUUUGUUACGUCUAUGACAUAACGACAUCAGGCACGUUUCUAUCAACCUAGAAAAAUGGAAAUAUAACAGUAUACAUUAUGCAGUUUAUUUCUCGCAAAGUAAUGCAAAUGCUAAUGACAGCAGAUUGCGUGAAAGACCAAAUAGGUGAUGAUUGUGUA